CUUUCCACUACUUUCCUUCCCUUCAAAUGUCUUUUUCGUGCCCGGCUGAUUUGACCACAGAGGCCACCGAGCUCGCGAAGAGCCUCGGGUCCUUGAAAUCCUUUCUCGAUGCUGCUCGAUCCUUAUUAGCAAGCAUCCGCAGUAUGUCGUCUGAACUCUUCCAACAACAAAUACGCAAGAUAAUCACUCUGGUGGAGAUCGCUCGCGGCACGCUCGUCCGUGCGGGUGUGAAGCUGCAUACCUUCACCUCGUGUUCUCCGCCACUGCAGCCUCUUAAAUCUGAAUAUUUUGCCAUUUUACGAGUCCUCAAAGAGCGCCACCGUGACAUCGUUGAUCGCAAAGAUCGUGCGAACAAACUGCUCCUGGCUCUCGACUCGUGGCUUAUAAUCCGUAGAUGCAGUAGCUCUUCUGAACCUUCAUCUCCGAUUAUGGGAGCCUCAGUGUCGGCUUCGAUAUGGCCUCCGCCACCGCCAACACCGGUGUCCACAACAGAGGCCGUACUCGACCAAACGAAACGCACACCGUCAUCACGAGCGCCAGCGGAACUGAUGCCCCCUCCAGCACAUCUCCCAUGGGAGUACCGUGCCCCGUCACCUUCUCCACCUCGGGGUCGCUCUACGCAGCGUUCUGAGCGACGCCAUGACUCACGGCCGUAUGCGCGUACUCGUAACCCGAGGACUCGCUGGCCGGACCCCGAGGACGGUAAUGACGGUGGCGACGAGAAUGAACAGGACGAGAAUGAAGAGCUUCCUGUCGUCAGGCUUCCGAGUCGUCCACUCCGUCGCUUUGGUAUCUUUUGCACCGGUGCUAAAUCAGGGCAUGAGAGGCGAGAGAGAUCGUCAAGAUCCAACAGUCUGCGAGGAUGAUUCUAGAUAUCGACUGGAAGCUGUUCUUGUUUCAUGUGGAGUGUUUCUUGCAGUAUGUACCUCCUAGAGGUAGGCUGCUAUGCGUUUACGAUCCCGUUUAGGCAGCUGAUUUUGUGCUACAUCUGUUUGGAGCAGGAUAUUUCUUAAUUUACC